UUUCCAGCUAUGUAAUAACUCUCUGAAAACUGAUUGGCUGUUCAGUUUACGACAGCUCCUGUCAAAUAAGAACCAAUGAAACUGUGAGAAAUACGAUGACCGCCUAAAUGCCUCAUUCUGAUUGGAUGAGCGAUUUAAUUCCAGGAAGUGUUUUGGAAAGGUGGAAAACGUGAUAAAAAUGUGUUGGGAUGAAUUAGUGACCAUGAACGAACCUGCUCCUCAAACCAUAAUAGAGAAAACAUUUACAUUCGAGGACGACGAAGACACUCACACUUUAAUUGUGUCUAUUCCCGAGGUGCUUGAUCCACAAUAUGGGAUGCAUGUCUGGCCCUGUGCGGUGGUGCUGUCACAGUAUGUGUGGAUAAGACGAGAGAAGACACAACACAAGACUAUUCUUGAGCUCGGUGCUGGGGUGAGUUUGCCCGGUGUAGUAGCCGCAAAGUGCGGGGCUCAUGUGAUACUGUCAGACAGUGCUGAACUUCCCCUGUGCUUGAAGAACUGCAGACGAUCUUGUGACGUCAAUAACCUUCCCAGCACACCUGUCAUCGGCCUGACGUGGGGGCAGGUAUCCCCAGAACUCAUCUCGCUGCCACCGGUGGACAUUAUCCUGGGAUCAGAUGUAUUUUAUGAACCCGAAGAUUUUGAAGAUGUGCUCGUGACCAUCUGCUUUCUAGUAAGGAAAAACCCCUGUGCUCAAUUUUGGACAACUUACCAGGAGAGAAGUGCUGACUGGUCCAUAGAUGCUUUGUUACACAAGUGGAAUCUGAAAUGUAUUCAUGUUCCAUUAGAAACAUUCGAUGCCAACAAAAAUCAUCUAGCUGGAUCAACACUUCCUGGGGAUCAUACUGUCCAAAUGAUGAUUAUAACUGCAAAAGAGAUGCUUUAAUAUGAUGUUGUUGUUGCAGUGCUUGUAUACAAAUGUUAAAAUUUAUUUUUCACGCAAUAAAUUACUUUUAUAACAAUCCGUACAUUUACUUAGUUUGCAGAUACUUUUUAUCUAAAGCACACAAAAAAAGAAAUUCUACGUGUAAUUCAUCAUCAUGAAUACUAAAAAUGAAAAUUUGUUUUACAAGGCUUUAAAAAUUAAUCUUGUUUAGAGGUUUAUUCCACAAUAUUGCAUACCUAAAAAUGCUCUUACUUGCCAUCGCUGUAAAAUAAAAUCCUCUCUAGUUAUCAAAAAGAACUGAAAGUCAUUUAUUCGAGGUU